AUGGCUUCAAAGUUGCAAAAACUAUGUAAUUAUGCAGCAUUGAGCUACGUUUGGGGAGACACAACAUCCAGAAUUGCCAGAAAAAAUACCCUCAAGGCACUUGAAGAGGCGAGUAGUCUCACCUACUAUGAUAUCCCGGAUACCGUCUCGGAUGCAAUUACAGCAUGCAAAGAACUUGGACAGGACUAUCUCUGGGUAGACCGGCUUUGUAUCGCGCAAGAUGACACAGACUCUCUAUCAAACCGGGAGCAGAUCAACGCCAUGGGCUAUAUUUACAACGAAGCGAGUUUCACGAUUAUAGACGUGGAUGGCACAUGCGCCAAUCAUGGGCUGACUGGUGUGGGUCGGCCAAGAGCUUUCACGCAAGACCGUUUUACCCUCUUGGAUGUGGAAUUGGUACAAGCCUUGCCUCACCUUAACGGCAUUUUGAAGCAAUCAGCCUGGAUGUCUAGAGGAUGGACGUACCAGGAACACCUUUUAUCAAAGCGGAGGCUUUACUUCACCGAACGUGCGCGGAUUGCUCUUGCGGAAAAACGCGAAGCCAGUGGGCUGAUGGCAAUUGGAGUCUGGGCAUGCACCCGAGCUUUCGGAGCUAUAGUCUUUCUAGCGCUUUAA